AAUUUCCUCUCUAGUAUAGUCUAUACAAAGAGACGAGACAGUAAACAUAAACAAAAUUUAAUUGUUGCAGCUGCAUCUACUGGUUGCCGACUAGUGAAAUUCAAGUGUGAUAUUGUUUCGUCUCAUUGGACACACUAUAUAAUCUAGUAUAUUAAAUUAGUAUUAGCAAAGAGAAAACUCCUCUCUGGUAUCAGCUGAUAGCAACGGAAAACUCAAUAGCUAGAGUACAUAUAUCACGUGGUCAGUUGUGUUUACUUCCCCUGAGUCAAUUGUUGUAUAGUAUAUAAUUUAUAAUUAAUAUAUAAUAUGCUACAGAUAUUACAUUAAAUAUAUUUGUUACUGAAAAAUAAUCAUUGGUAAAUACGAAUUUAGUUUUCGUACUACAAUGAAAUUUAUGUAUAUAUAAUAUUAUUUCCAAGUUUACUAUUAAAAUCGGAACAGUUUUUCCUAUGUAAUCACUAGUACAUCAUACAUAAAUGUCAUAUAUACAUGUGACAUUUGGUAUAAAAGUGUUAAUGUAUGGAAAUAAAAUCUUAAUUGAAAUACAUCAAGUCAAUCAACAAGAUGACAGCUAACUAUUAUUUCGCAAUCGUCGGGCAUACUGACAAUCCUCUAUUUGAAAUUGAAUUCAACAAUUCUGGGAAAGAUGCAAAGAAAGAAGAUUAUACUCAUUUAAACCAAUUUAUUGCACAUGCUGCCCUAGAUCUUGUAGACGAACAUACUUGGAAAACAACAAAUAUGCAUUUGAAAGUUGUAGACAAAUUUAACCAAUGGUUCGUGAGUGCAUUUGUUACUGCAACUCAUAUUCGAUUUGUCAUGGUACAUGACAGUAAAAAUGAAGACGGUAUAAAAAAUUUCUUCAAUGAAAUGUAUGAAAUGUACAUAAAGUACUCAAUGAAUCCAUUCUAUAAAUUAAAUACGCCUAUUAAAUCCAUUGGCUUUGAGAAAAAGGCGCAAUUAUAUGGUAGGAAAUAUUUAUCUUCAUAAAUUGUUCAUUAUUUCAUAGUUGUUCCUUGUAUGUAUCCAUUGCAUGAAAAGAAAAUGGAAGAAGUGAUACACUUAAUAAAAUAUCGUAGAAAUAA